ACAGUCUUCGCUUUUAAUAACAGUGUCUUUACAUUAUUGAGGAUAAGAAUUCGGUAAUACUUAGAGUUCAACUUAUGAAUAUGUCAAUAUUUCGUCACAGAUCCAUCAAUUCACCUAGCUUGUCAAACAGCAGUGACAAUUUGACGGCUAUCUUCACUAGCUUUGAUAUCAAUACACUUUUGAAAAAUAAUUUCAUCUCUUGACGAAUUUAGAAAUGAAUAUAAUUUCUUUAUUUCAAAAAGACUUUAUAUAGACGCAAUACAAAUAAUAAAAGACAUUAUUUCAAUGUUGCCAAAGGGACAUUGAACGAGAAAUGAUAUAGUUCAAAGAACAAUAUCUGUUGAACACCAGUCUGUGAUUGAUGAAAUUGAGUCAUAUACAAAUCUUUACCGAAAUUCAAGAAAACUGUGAAAAGUUGUGAACUGGUUAGGAGUAAACGUUAUAAAAAAAACAUUGAAAAAACCCGGAAUAAGUGAUUUGGAAUAUCUUCUCGAGGAAUAUUUGUUCUUUUUGUGCUUGUGAGUGUUGCAAUAUACCAAUAUGGAUGGACGCUUGUCUCCCCAAUACGGGUCACGUCACUCUUUGAAUAAGAUACACACAAGUCCAAGGUCAUCUUUGACCGUUUUUGACCGAACUCUUGGAGUUGAAUCGCCUUGGUUUAAGGGACGAUCUGAAGAGAGGGUUCGAGUGGAGUUUUACGUAAAUGAAAAUAAUGUGAAAGAAAGGCUUCAACUCUACUUCUUCAAAAACCAAAGUUCGAGCUUGAAGGUGCGGAUUUUUACUUUGGUCAUCAAGCUACUCCUCUGCUUGCUGUAUGUGAUACGAGUUUUUUUAGACCGUGGACCAGAUCACGCAGCCUGUUACGGUUGUGAUCCUGUGAAUAUUACCAUAUUUCGAGAUAUUACACCGGAACAAGAAAUUAAUUACAAUGAUAUGAGGCCAAGAUCCAAUUACAUAAAUUGGAAUGCUGUUAUUUGGGUGGACCGUCCUCUGACACUGUGGAUUUUUCAAACGGUGCUAGCCAUUGUGAGUCUAUCAGAAGCCUUACUUCUAGUGUAUUUAGGUUACAAAGGAAAUAUUUGGCACCAUCUUUUUUCUUUCAACUUUACCCUAGAACUAGUGAAUAAUGUACCUUUUAUAGCUACCAUUUUUUGGUCACCGCUGCGGAAUCUUUUUAUUCCGAGCUUCCUAAACUGUUGGUUAGCCAAAUUCGCUCUAGAACACAUGUUUCAUGAUCUUCAUCGUGCCAUGCAGAGAUCCCAGUCGGCCCUGUCUCAUCGUCUGAUGAUUCUUUCUGCAACAUUACUUUGCCUCAUUUUCACAAGUGUAUGUGGCUUCCAACACUUUCAGCGAGCUGGCGUGGAACAUGUAAACCUUUUUGCGAGCUUGUACUUUGUGGUGGUCACUUUCUCGACGGUGGGCUACGGCGACUACAAGCCGGACAACUGGCCCUCGCAACUCUUUAUGGUGGUCAUGAUAUGUGUAGCCUUAAUUGUUCUUCCCACGCAAUUUGAGCAGCUAGCCUAUACAUGGAUGGAACGUCAGAAGUUGGGCUUUGCUUACAGUCGACAUCGAGCCCAAAACGAAAGGCAUGUCGUCGUCUGCAGUACUACACUCAGAUCCGACACUGUCAUGGACUUCCUCAAUGAGUUUUAUGCCCACCCCUUGCUGCAGGAUUAUUACGUCGUAUUACUGUCUCCCUGUGAGUUGGAUGCAACAAUGAAGAUGAUACUUCAAAUCCCAAUGUGGGCCCAGAGAGUUAUUUAUAUACAGGGUUCUGCUCUCAAAGAUUUAGACUUAGCUAGAGCAAGAAUGAAUGCGGCUGAAGCUUGUUUUAUAUUAGCAGCUAGAAACUAUGCUGACAGAUCGGCAGCUGACGAACACACAAUUCUGAGGUCUUGGGCAGUUCGAGAUUUUGCCCCGAGUGUACCUCAGUAUGUACAAAUUUUCCGUCCUGAAAAUAAGGUUCACGUUGCUUUCGCAGAGCAUGUUGUCUGUGAAGACGAAUUCAAAUACGCAUUACUAGCCAAUAACUGCCUUUGCCCUGGGACUUCAACUUUAGUAACUCUUCUGCUUCAUACCUCAAGAGGACAGGAGGGUCAGAUGUCCGCCGAGGAAUGGCACCGCAUAUACGGAAAGUGUUCCGGAAAUGAGAUCUAUCACAUCCGCCUUGGAGACAGCCGCUUUUUCGGUGAAUAUGAAGGAAAACCAUUCACACUGGCAUCCUUCCACUCGCAUAGAAAGUAUGGAGUCACUUUGGUCGGUGUGAAAACGGAAAUGGGCGGAACCUGGCCUAUUUUGCUGAACCCAGGCCCUAAUUACAUACUUAAGGCUUCGGAUAUCUGCUUCUACAUGAACAUAACGAAAGAAGAAAACAGUGCUUUCCUUCCUGCUGAGCACACUUUAAAACGAGAAAGCCUUGUGGGUCUGAAUCCGGAUCCAACUCCGGACUCGAGUUCAACUCAGGAAAACGAAACAGUUAUGAAAGCUGAACUGAAAGGAAACGCCUUGCAAGCCAGGAGAUUCGGCAGCCACUUACAGGUGCCCCUUUCAGAAUGUAUUCCGCAGACCAUGGGCAUUGGCCUCAAGAGAAGCGGCAUCGUGCCAGUGGUCAACAGUUUUGCCCCUCCGGGUCUCCACAUCACCCACGCAGCCCCAGACGGGACGGACGAUGCCAUGGAAGCCGAGCAGGAGAAGUAUCUGGACAUCCCUUGGGUCACCCCGGCGGAAAAUUGCGAAAUCCUGAGAGGUUUUCCUCCCGUUACGCCGUACGUCGGGGUCAGCCCGACAUUCUGCUAUUUGCUCAAAAACAAGAAACCUCUUUGCUGCCUCCAGUUAUCACAGGUUUGUGAUCACUGCACCUUCAGAACGGCGAAGAACUACAACUGGCCCAACCGUUGCAUCAUCUUGGCGGCGGACUACGCCAGCAACGGCAUCUACAACUUCAUAGUUCCUCUACGGGCCCAUUUCCACAGUCCGCAGACUCUCAGGCCCAUCGUUCUACUUCUCGAGAAAAAACCGCACCCUGCCUUCCUAGAUGCCAUAUCAUGGUUCCCGCUUGUCUAUUGGAUGCUCGGAUCCAUUGAUGAUCUCGAUGACUUGCUCCGUGCUGGAAUCAAUCUGGCCGACAGCGUCGUCGUUGUCAACAAGGAAUCGUCGAAUUCCGCGGAGGAGGAUUACCUAGCUGACUGUAACACCAUCGUUGCUGUCCAAACUAUGUUCAAGUUAUUUCCAAGUGUACGCAUCAUCACAGAAUUAAGUCAAUCGUGCAACAUGCGUUUCAUGCAAUUCAGAGCCAGGGACGCUUACGCAUUGCAUUUAUCAAAAAUGGAAAAGAGAGAAAAGGACAGAGGAUCGCACAUUUCCUACAUGUUUCGACUUCCUUUUGCUGCAGGGAGUGUUUUCAGUGCAAGCAUGCUCGACACUCUACUCUAUCAGGCUUUUGUGAAGGACUACAUGAUCACGUUUGUCCGCCUCCUUCUGGGAGUGGAUCAAGCCCCGGGAUCUGGCUUCCUCUCUUCGAUUCGUAUUACAAAGGACGAUUUAUGGAUCAAAACGUACGGGCGUUUAUACCAAAAGCUAUCGUCUACUACAUAUGAAAUACCCAUAGGAGUAUAUCGCACUCAGAAAUCAACUUUAGCGGAAACUUCAUCGAUGUCUCUGGACUUAAUGGACGACGAGGACCAAAUUGCCAUUCGCACAGACGUUGAAAGACAAGAAAUUGGCAACCUGGUUAGAAACAGAAUGAAGGAUUUAUGUCUCCCAACAGAAGACUAUGACGAUUGUUCUGAGAAGAGGAAUAGUUUAUCGUAUGUCGUGAUCAAUCCCAGCUGUGACCUGACACUUGAAGAAGGAGAUGUCAUAUACGUCAUUCGCCCUAGUCCCAUCUGGAGCAAAAAGGUGUUUCUCACAAGAGGUUCUAUCCGAAUCAAAUCUCCCAACAAACUUCGCAGACAGGGGGCUAACAAAUCGACAGAAGAAAAUCUUCCGGGAUCAACAGGUGAUGAACUAGGUAAAGGUGAUGAAAAAGGAAAACAGGGAACAACUGUUUAACGCUCACAAAAAAUAACAGUUUUUACUCCAUGAGCUUAUACAUCCUCAAAGAAAUUCCAUUAAAUGAAUGCCAAAAUACCCAAACUGGAUAUACUUAAAGGAGUUUAUUUGGCUAUAAACUCAAAUACAUAUGAAGGAUUUUGCUAACCAUAUAAAGACAAAAAUGGUGAAAAGAUGUACUAAAAAAGCUAUUGUUAUAAAUGAACAGUGACGUAAAGAAGAUGUAGAUGAUGCCUGGAGCAAAACAUGAUUUUUUCGCCCUUAGUUGUUAUCAGUGGCUUAGCAAGAGUUCGAUUGUCCCUCUUCCAUAACAUUUUAUUUAAAAAAGUGGCAUAAGCACACUAAUAUUUUGUCCCAUGGCAUCCAUACUCCUCAUAGGCACCCACAUCGUUACACCACUGGCAAUGAAGAAAAACAAUCGAUUCUCCAACAUAGACUAAUCUUUCAUGAUAUAAACUUUUCUGAUGCCUCAGAUUUACUACUAUGUUCAAAAAAUUCCGAAACUUAUUUUAAUACUGAGAAACUAAUCCAGUUAGAAAUUAUUUAUUUGAUCUUUCUUUGUAGUAAUGACCCUGUACAAUUAUACAUUUUUCCUCCAUCGUUCAUAAAAAGAUGUGAAUGCGAAUUUCAAGCACCCUUUUGUUCAAUUCCUUUCUUGUGCCUUUAUCGCUGCACUUUUUCGGAACUUGAGAAUCGUUGCCCUUAAGCAAAUUCUUCAUCCGAGGGAAAAGUUACAAGAAGGGAAAUCAGAGAAAUAAGCUGGUUAUGAACGGAUCAAAACUUGGCGUUUUGAUUUGUAAAUCGGUAUCAAUAUCGAUCUAUGCGCGAUUGUAUUAUCGUAAUGGAGCAUCAACAUUAAAUCACGGAAAUACCUGGAUUCCCGAGCUUGCGCGCAUGCGCUUUAUACAUUUAAACUGGAUGAGAACCUAUUCGGACUAAUCGGUUAUAUGAUACUUUUCGCUUGUACUAUGGGAAAUGCUUUAUUCAUUUGCAUUCGGUAAAAGAUUUGAAAAGUUUCGGAAUUUUUUAAUCAUAGUAAUGUACUAUUUCAUGCAUGUAGAGCGUCGAUAAUUCGGAGGACUAAUCAGAGAGUAAGGAAUUGUGAAAUUAAUAUAUGCUUAAUGUAAAAUAUUGCAUUAAAACAAAAUUAAAAAAAUUCUCGAAUAAAUGACUAAUGACUACAGAUGCAA